GUCUGUUUAUAUCGUUUUGUGCUGACUUGCAGCUCAUUUGUGUAUAUGUGGAAAUGGACAAUGAAGAUUUUGGAAGGCCUGUUGCAAAUUGUUUUGGUGUCACUAGGGAUGAACCCAAAGUUCUUGCAUACACAGGAAAUGAUGAUGGGAAAAAAUUGUUCAUGGAUGCUGAAGUGAACAUAGAUAAAAUUAAGGCCUUUGGGGAGGAUUUCCUGGAAGACAAGCUUAAGCCAUUCUACAAAUCAGAUCCAAUUCCUGAAACUAAUGACGAAGAUGUGAAAAUAGUGGUUGGUAAUAACUUUGAUGAAAUUGUUUUGGACGAGUCCAAGGAUGUCCUUCUUGAGAUCUAUGCACCUUGGUGUGGGCAUUGCCAAGCCUUUGAGCCAACAUACAAGAAGCUUUCCAGACAUCUACGGGGGUAAAUCUCAAGAAGCUUUCAUGUAUCAUCAAAUAGGUAGAACAUAAUAGAUAUAAGAUAGACUAAAAACUCCAUCAAACCAACCAUCUCCUUAAUUUCCCCAUUCCCUUCUCCUCACAGAAAAAGGUAAUAAACAAGAAUGUGUAACUGUAAAGCCACCACUGAUUCUCUGAGUUCAACUCUUAAAUUUUGUCCCCUUAACCUUAUGAAUCUAAUAAAUGGCAUUGGCAUCA